CGUGCAAGAGAGCCACGUGAUUCGUCUCUGGCUUGGCGCGCUAAACCAAUCUGGAAGCCUUGGAGCUAGGUCGACAUUUGAGAAUAGUAAGGUUGCAAGCACAACAACAACCACACCACGCCCCUACCUGCCAUCGUCCAGAGAAACAUCACAGCCGAAUCUUCGGGCUCCUUAAUCCAUAUCCCGAUCAUAACGACCCUCAAUCGCACCCUCUUAGAGCCAUGGCUGAUGCCGCCGUUGAGAACCCUGCCAACACUGUUCCGCCUCACAAGAAGCAGCUCCCAUCAUCAAUACCGAACUUCGACUCACUCGAAGGCUUCGCAACAGAGGGUAACGAUGACUAUUCGACAUUUAAGAAGCUUCAACGGCAGUUAGAGUAUAUCCACCUUCAGGAAGAGUAUAUCAAAGACGAGCAGCGGAGUUUGAAGCGAGAGCUUGUGCGCGCGCAAGAAGAGAUCAAGCGGAUUCAGAGCGUGCCGCUCGUCAUCGGCCAGUUUAUGGAGGCUAUCGACCAGAAUACCGGCAUAGUACAAUCAUCAACUGGCUCUAACUAUGUCGUCCGUAUCCUGUCCACCCUCGACCGCGAACUCCUCAAGCCUUCAUCCUCCGUCGCCCUCCACCGCCACUCAAAUGCCCUCGUUGACAUUCUUCCCCCAGAAGCCGACUCUUCCAUCGCCAUGCUGGGCCAAGAUGAGAAACCCGACGUAACUUAUGCCGAUGUCGGUGGGCUCGAUAUGCAGAAACAGGAAAUCCGGGAAGCCGUCGAGCUACCGCUCACCCACUUCGACCUCUACAAGCAGAUCGGUAUCGAUCCACCACGUGGUGUAUUGCUAUAUGGGCCCCCAGGGACUGGCAAAACUAUGUUGGUCAAGGCGGUCGCCAACAGCACAACUGCAUCGUUCAUCCGCGUUGUCGGUUCCGAAUUCGUGCAAAAGUACCUUGGUGAGGGGCCGCGUAUGGUCCGCGACGUCUUCCGCAUGGCCCGCGAAAACUCGCCCUCCAUCAUCUUCAUCGAUGAAAUCGAUGCCAUUGCCACAAAGCGCUUCGAUGCACAGACCGGUGCCGAUCGCGAAGUUCAGCGUAUUCUUCUCGAGCUGCUGAACCAAAUGGACGGGUUUGAUCAGACCUCCAACGUCAAGGUCAUCAUGGCGACUAACCGCGCCGACACUCUUGAUCCAGCCCUUCUUCGCCCGGGACGCUUGGACCGAAAGAUUGAAUUCCCAUCUCUCCGCGAUCGUCGCGAACGUCGCCUCAUUUUCAGCACGAUUGCUAGCAAGAUGAGUUUGAGCCCAGAGGUUGACCUUGACAGUCUGAUUGUCAGGAAUGAUCCAUUAUCUGGCGCGGUGAUUGCGGCGAUCAUGCAAGAGGCUGGCCUUCGGGCAGUUAGAAAGAACAGGUAUAACAUCAUUCAGAGUGAUCUUGAGGAUGCGUAUGCAAGCCAAGUCAAGGGGGCGACUGAGGCGGAUAAAUUCGAUUUCUACAAGUAAGCGGAACGACUGGCGGGGGCGCUAGACGAAUAUAUAAGAGAGAAGAAGUGUAGAGCUGGGCAUGGCAGGGAAGGAACCACACCUUGUACACUA